AUGAAAUCGACUGUAACCAUUUCACCGAAGACUUCCACGACCCAAUCAACUCCCCCUUCUCCUCCCCCACCGUCAGCCCAACAAACACCGGCUGCCCCAACAUCCACCUCCCUCCGCCUCCUCCACCUCCUCAUCGCCGCCGCCGAAUCCCUCACCGGCUCCCUCCAAUCCUCUGAUCUCACCGAAGUAAUAUUGGCUCGGCUCAAGGAACUCCUUUCCUGCGGCUGCUCAAGCAGUAUCGAUCGCCUUGCCGCACAUUUCACCGAUGCCCUCCACUCUCUCCUUCACGGCUCCGGCAACGCCGCCUCGCCGCCAAAAUUCUCUUUUGAAUACCUCGAAGCCUUCCAGCUCAUGCAAGACAUGUCGCCCUACAUCAAAUUCGGCCACUUCACCGCAAACCAGGCGAUUCUCGAGGCCGUCGCCGGCGAGCGUCGCGUCCACAUAAUUGACUUCGACAUCACGGUCGGCGUCCAGUGGGCUUCCCUCAUGCAAGCCUUGGUGUCCGUCAGCAACGGCUGGCACCCACCCCACCUUAAAAUCACGGCGGUUGCACGUAACCGUAAGUCGGUGCAAGAGACAGGCCGGCGGUUGGCCGCUUACGCGGCGUCGAUCGGGCUCCCGUUUUCGUUCGCGCAGUGCAGGUUGGAUGAAGACGACCAGUUCCGUCCGACGGGAGUUAAGGUGGUGAGAGGUGAGGUGGUGGUGUUCAACUGCAUACUGCAGCCGGGCUCUACGGCCGGCGGUUUGUCUUUUUCGCCGGUGCUGCGGCGGCGGGGCUCUGCGGCCGGCGGUUUGUCUUUUAUCGCCGGUGCUGCGGCGAUGGGGGCUCGGGUGGUGACGAUUGUGGAAGAGGAGGGGGAGGCGGUUGGGUUUGAGGGGAGGUUUGUGGAGGAGAUGGUGAGGUAUUCGGCGAUUUGUGAUGCCAUGGAGGCGGGUUUUGGGGGACAGGAGAGGGCAAGGGAAGCGGUGGAGAGGGUGUUUUUGGGGCCGAGGAUUGCGGGGGCGGUGGGUAGGGCGUACAGGGGAACGGAGAGGUGGGAGAAGAUCGGGGAGAUGAUGGAGGCGGCGGAGUUUGGGAGGGUGGGGUUGAGUUUUUUCAAUAUUUGUCAAGCUCGGUUAUUGCUCAGUCUCUUCAAUGGAUACCAGCUUGAGGAAGAGGGUUGCAAUAAAAUUGUGUUGUGUUGGAAAACUUGCCGGCUGAUAUCAGCGUCUGUGUGGUCGGCUCCGCCGCUGGUUUCGCCGGAGGGGAGUUUACUUUAGCGGUUGUGGUGAACUCCUCUUUUCUCCGAUGUUCAAAACCUGGUUUUUCAAUCGCUGUGGUCAAAAUGACAUCUUUAAAUAACCUUACUGUACCAGGCUUAAUUAUGUGGUUUAAGAUA